AUGGAUCCGGAAAAGAGCUCCGACAUUAUCACUCACGAGGAGGAGCAUUCUCACAACGAACAACUGGCGCACCUUGCUAACGCUGAGGAUCACGACGCCAGCAAGUGGCAAGCCAUUCGCCGAAAUCCAUGGGCCUUUGGUUGGUGCUUGUACGCUGUCUGGACAGUUCUACUUGUCAGCUUUGAGAACCAGGCUGCAGGCAACAUUCUUGGGAUACCAGAGUUCCGCAAGGAUUUUGGUUCCUUCUAUGAUGGCAAUUGGGUCUUGUCUGCAAAGUGGCAGUCUGCUUUCAAUGGCGCACCAAUCGCUUCUCAAAUCAUUGGUAACCUAGGAUCGGGGCAAGUAGCAGACUGGAUUGGUCGACGAAAUACUUUGAUCAUUGCACUUGCCAUCUCUUUCAUAGCCAUCACUAUGGAGUUUGUUGCAACAACGAACGAACUAUUUUUUGGGGGGAAGUUCCUGAAUGGGUUCGCCAUCGGUACCAUUCAAACUGUCGCGACAGCGUAUAUUGGAGAGAUUGCGCCAUUAGUGUUGAGAGGCCUAAUGACCUGCCUUAUUGCUUUGAGUUUCACAGUUGGGCCAUUUACAGUCGCUUUAAUUGUCAAUAGCACUGGGACCUACACCAACCGAUGGGCGUACAGAGCCAUCUUCUGCUCCCAGUAUGGCUUCGCGGUCAUCUCCGCCCUCUUCAUUUGGUGGAUGCCUGAGAGCCCUUGGUUUCUCAUCUCAAAGCGGAAAGAUGAGGACGCAGCCCUCCGCAGUUUGCAGCGGCUCGGCUAUCGCAAUUCUUCCGGCGAAGACGUUAAGCGACUUGCCAACAUCAAGCUAACCCUCGAACGAAUCCGUAAGGAGACUGAAGGUGCAACUUAUCUCGAAUGCUUCAGAAAAUCGAAUCUCCGGCGUACCAUUAUCUCAAUUACACCCCUCUCUGUCCAACAAUUCACCGGAAUUGUCUUUGCUGCAUCAUACUCUACCUACUAUGCACAGUUGGCAGGGUACAGCACUGCGAUGUCUUUCAAGCUUCAGAUCAUCCAGCAGGUGUUAUCCAUGUUCGGAAAUGUCAUCUCAUGGUAUCUGAUCGACAAGGUUGGCCGUCGCGCUCUAACAGUGUAUGGUACUGUUGGAUUGACCGCAGUUCUCUGGGUGAUGGGUGGACUCGCUGUUGGCGGGUCCCAGGCUGAGUUGAAAGGCACAGUGGGCAUGAUUCUCAUCUACUGCUGGUUAUACAAUGUCACAAUCGGAGCCACUGCGUUCACGGUGCUCACAGAGGUCUCAACUUCCCGCCUGCGAGCUAAGACCAUUGCCAUUGGUCUCGCCAUCCAAGGCUGCUUCGGUAUCCUAUGGUCAUUUGUCCUCCCCUAUCUCUUCAAUCCCGACAAGGCCAACUUGGGUGGGAAGCUUGGGUUUAUCUACGGUGGCUUGUGUUUUCCCUGUAUUGCAUUUCUCUGGUGGUAUCAGCCUGAAACCCGGGGUCGAAGCUACGAGGAGCUCGACGAAAUGUUUGUCAAGAAAAUUCCAGCACGAAAAUUUCGCGGCUAUGUCACCGAGGCAGAAAUAAAGAGUCAAGAGGCACAGCUUCGAGUAUCAGAAACGUGA